GUAAUCACCAGGCACAUGCUCUUCAUGUGCAGGUCCUGCUCUCCUUUAUUAGAUUUGCCCAAAUUGCUCCCUCCUCAAUGAACACAGAUAACGCGCACACAUGUUUCACUCUUCCCACGUAAAUCCGACACUUCGUCUUGCGUGAUAGGUCUUUCACAUUCAAAACCGAUCUAAGUGUCACCUCAAAUCGACAGAUUGUGUACUAUUUUACCUUACUAUUUUGAUAUAUUGGUCAAUUUCAUAUUGAAUUUUGUAGUGCAUAGGUCUAUAUAUGCAGCCACCCCUUUUUUUUUUCGGAUUUCUUGAUCAGAUCUUAUGUAUUGAGUUUCCUUCCAAUUCUUGAUUUUGAGUGUGAAUUGAAUGGUGGGUCGUCACAAAAUCUUGAUUUGAGGUAAAAACUAUGUUCUUUUGUCGGUUUGAUUCAAUCUGAGUGAUGGUUUUUCUUGGAUUCUUGAAUUGGUAUUGAAUAGUGGAAGACACAGGUGAAAGAUGCGGCGACGGGCAGCCGAUUACCGGCGCCCGGUUCGAAGGAGGUUGUCAUGUUGGAUCUGGGGGCUUCUUGUGAUAUUUUCAGUUGCAGGUUUUGCUUUGUUUGUUCUUCAUCACAAUCAGCACCAGGAGGAUCUUGUGGAGCAGCCUGUUUUAUCCUCUCUUUGCCAGGAUACAAAUACCAAAAAUGAAAAGUUUGUUCACAGGCAUUUAAAUUUUACUGAAGAACUCUUAAGUGUUCGAUCAUAUGCCAGACAAUUAGCAGAGCAAAUGACCCUUGCCAAAGCUUAUGUGAUUAUUGCAAAGGAGCAUAACAAUUUUCAUCUUGCUUGGGAGCUUAGUUCAAAAAUAAGAAGUUGUCAAUCUCUUCUUUCAAAGGCAGCAAUGAAGAACGAGCCGGUAUCAUUGGAUGAAGCCGGCCCAAUGAUUAUAAGUUUCUCAUCCCUCAUUUUUAAGGCUCAAGAUGCUCAUUAUGAUAUUGCAACCACUAUGAUUACAAUGAAAUCCCAUAUUCAAGCCCUUGAAGAACGUGCACAUGCAGCUACCAUUCAGAGUACGGUAUUUGGACAAUUGGCUGCAGAAUCAGUACCAAAGAACCUUCAGUGUAUUGACAUUAGACUCACUUCUGAUUGGCUGGAGAAAAAGUCACUACAGGAACUUGCAGAUGAGAGGAGGAACUCGCCCCGACUAGUCGAUAAUAAUCUUUACCAUUUCUGCUUAUUUUCAGAUAACCUUCUGGCUGUUUCAGUUGUUGUGAAUUCUACUAUUUCUAAUGCUGAUCAUCCCAAGCAGUUUGUAUUCCACAUUGUAACGAAUGGAGUGAAAUACGGGGCAAUGCAAGCUUGGUUCCUUGGUAACGAUUUCAAAGGGGCUACAGUAGAAGUCCAAAAUAUUGAAGAUUUCACGUGGUUGAAUGCAUCUUACUCUCCGGUUUUAAAACAGAUAAAUGAUAAAGAUUUACGGAAAUAUUACUUUGAGGGGUCGAGGGAUAUGAGUCUUGAAUCUAAAUUACAUAAUCCUAAGUACGUCUCUCUGUUGAAUCAUCUGCGAUUUUACAUCCCAGAGAUCUAUCCACAGCUUGAGAAGAUAGUUUUUCUUGAUGAUGAUGUUGUUGUUCAGAAGGAUUUGACCCCACUUUUUUCAUUGGAUUUGCAUGGAAACGUGAACGGGGCAGUGGAAACUUGUCUUGAAUCCUUUCACCGGUUUUACAAGUAUCUCAAUUUUUCAAACCCAAUUAUCAGCACCAAAUUUGAUCCUCAAGCAUGUGGAUGGGCAUUUGGGAUGAAUGUUUUUGAUCUGAUUGCUUGGAGAAAGGAAAAUGUCACCGCGCGAUAUCACUAUUGGCAGGAACAAAAUGCUGAUGGGUCACUGUGGAAGCUCGGCACUCUUCCUCCUGGAUUUUUAGCUUUUUAUGGAUUGACAGAGCCACUUGAUCGGAGAUGGCACGUCUUAGGAUUGGGUUACGAUCUGAACAUCGAUAACCGUCUGAUCGAGACUGCAGCCGUGAUUCAUUUUAACGGGAACAUGAAGCCGUGGCUAAAGUUAGGAAUAGGCAGGUAUAAGCCUCUAUGGGAACAUUAUAUGGAUCAGACUCACCAAUAUCUGCAGGAUUGUUUCACAAGUUAAUAUAUAUGAUACUUUCAAGUGGCGGGAAGUUAAUUUGACCGCUCAUUUUCGCUUCUUAGAACCAUCAUUGCAUUACCAUAGUGUUAGAAGUAGAAAUUUUCGACAUUUAUGAGGGGGAAGAGAAUUCUUUUUACACACUAGAAAGUAAGCAUGUAUCAGGUAAAACUGUUAAAGGUUGUAGGGGAUUUCAUUUUUGGCUGAUCUGCUCUUCUGCAAAUUGUAGUGUAAUUGUUUUUAUUAAGCACUUCAGUUCUCUCUCAAUUUGUGUUGGGUUCUUUGUUUCAUUUUUUAGACAAAACGAGACAGUAUUAAGGAAGACAAAUUAUUAUUA